CGGCUCCGCCCACCCCGGCUGCUCUCCCAGGGGGCACAGCAGGCGGGGCCCAACCACGUGACACGGGAGCGUCGCGCGACUUGACACCAGCACGUUCCCUAACGGAUCAGCAACGUCACAACGGUCACCGGGAGCCGUGACCGCCGCCCCGGAAGUGGUUCGGCGCCCCCGGAAGUGGCGCUGCCGUAGCGGCUGAGCGAUGGCGGAGGGUCCCGGAGCCGCGCCGCCGCCGCACGGCUGCCCCGGCACCAGCAGCGCCCAAGCGGGCAGAGCCGCCGCCUGCCAGGGAUGCCCCAACCAGGGGCAGUGCGCGGCCGGCGGCCCCGCCGCCCCGGACCCGGCUAUAGAAGAAAUAAAGGAGAAAAUGAAAAUUGUGAAGCACAAAAUCCUAGUUUUGUCUGGGAAAGGAGGAGUCGGCAAGAGCACUUUCAGCGCCCACUUGGCUCAUGGCUUAGCAAAGGACGAGACUAAACAGGUUGCUCUGUUGGACAUAGAUAUUUGUGGACCAUCAAUCCCUAAAAUAAUGGGUAUAGAGGGAGAACAGGUUCACCAGAGUGGUUCUGGAUGGUCUCCGGUGUAUGUUGAAGAAAACUUGUGUGUCAUGUCUGUGGGGUUCUUGCUCAGUGGUCCUGAUGAUGCUGUUAUCUGGAGAGGACCCAAAAAAAAUGGAAUGAUCAAACAAUUUCUUCGUGAUGUAGAUUGGGGUGAAAUUGACUACCUUAUUGUGGAUACACCUCCAGGUACUUCAGAUGAACAUUUAUCUAUUGUGCAGUAUCUAAGUUCCUCACACAUAGAUGGCGCAGUUAUAAUCACUACUCCUCAGGAAAUAUCACUUCAGGAUGUUCGAAAGGAGAUCAACUUCUGUCAUAAGGUGAAACUGCCAAUCAUAGGUGUUGUUGAAAAUAUGAGUGGCUUUGUAUGCCCAAAAUGUAAGAUUGAAUCGCAAAUCUUUCCUCCAACAACUGGAGGAGCAGAGAAGAUGUGCCAAAAUUUAAAUGUUUCUCUCCUGGGGAAAGUGCCCCUAGAUCCUCAAAUAGGGAAAAGUUGUGAUCAAGGUCAAUCUUUUUUCUCUGAAAUACCUGAGUCGCCAGCUACUUCAUCUUACAGGAAUAUCAUCCAAAGGAUUCAAGAAUAUUGCGGCUUACACCACUCUCAAGAAAAAUUAUCUAACCAAGGAAUGGAAUAAAUGUGCAGUUAAUUAUAGGAAAGCAAUGAUUGUGUCGUGAAUCGAUAGGAAGAAUGUAAAGACUUGUACUCCCUUUCUGUAUUGCAAAUAAAUAGUUUUUAAGUUAA